AGACAGAGAGACAUUCAAAUCAUACGGGGAGGGAGUUUUGAGCGACGCGGAGGCAGAGGGAGGGGAGAGGUGCAUUGUCUUCGCACGUGAGAGAGGAAGCGAGAGAGAAGACGUAAACACGGGUAGAUUCAAAUCACAGGUGAGAGAGGCAGGCACAGAGAGACGCACACUCGACACACAAUUAAGGAGGAAGAGAGGUAAACUCACACAUGCAAAUCACAGGUGAGCUACAGGCAGAGACAUUCUAAUCAGACGUUACAGGGAAGAGGUAGAGCGCACACGUAUUUUACAUCACAGGUUGGAGGAGGCAAAGUUACACUUCCACAGCGUGUAAAACAGAGAUUUCAAUCACCAGAGACGGACAGAAGGCACUGCCGUCACAGCGCUUACAGCAAGACACGGGCACAUUCGUACGACGAGAGUGCCGGGACCUCUUGUGCGUCUCUACAUGGUGAAACACGUGGAAGAAAUGAGAAGGAAAAGUCCCCCCACCCUUGUUGCUAGUGGCAACCCGAAUCACAGGCGAACUAAGCAAAGGCGCAGGACCCCAAACAGCUCAAGGGGUCCCGGAUUCAUGAAAUAUGGCGUCGAGGCAGAAAGCUCGCCCCCCCGUGGAGGACGAUGAGUCCAUGUACUCGAGCUCUGAAUCCGGCUUCGGCGAGCCUCGCUCGCCGCUGUCGCCCGAAGAGUCGCGGGAUUUCGAUUCGCUCUAUCGCCGCAUCGUCGCCGACUGCCCUCGCUUGCGGCUGAUCGCGGGACGGACACGGGGGCAAGAGGGAAACCUCGGCACCGAGGACGGCGGUGACAUCAAACCCAGCGGGAGUGGACGCUGUACCCCCCAGCGCAAGGGCGAGUUGUCGCAGUGGGACCUUGGUGCUCGGAGGCCGUCGGUGGAGAGAAACCAAAGCUGCGACAGCGGGAGUAUCUGCCGUGGUCCAAGUGAGCACGGGAGCGCCAGUCCCCCCAGCCGAGCCAUCCAUUGCUCAGCAGUGGCCAGACCCCCGUCGAUGGAAGCGUCCUGCUGCGAUUUUACGCAGGAGAGAGCGGCCCGUGGGAAGGAGGUGGGAGUGGCGGGUGGGCACAUGCAGCGCCGUCCGGUGGGGGGAAACUCCUGGGAUAGCGGCAUCGUCGGGCUGGGACAAAGGGCACCGUUGGAUCCGCUGGGUUUGGGGUUGGGCUACCUGGAGCCGGCCGCUCCGCUAAAAUCUGGCGACUUCAUGCCGCAGCAGGACCACGCAGCUCCGCGGGGUUUCCUGCACCCGGGGGAGAAGGCGGAUGCUUUCGAAGCAGGGUUCACCGGCCGACCGGUGGUGCACGGCCCACCGGCGUACGCUGCACCAAAGUACGUGCACCCACACCACCACUACGGGUGGCCUUCAAGCAACGCCGGUUGUUCCUGUGGUCACCAGCACCAAAAGCAGCAGAACCAACAACAACAACAACAGCCGCUGCCACCGCAAAUUGGGCACUGGCCACCGCCAUAUCCAGCAGUCUACCUUCCCGCUGAGAGCAGGGUAGCUGCACCGGCCCCGGUGUGCCCGAGUCGGGACUACCACUUGCAUGGGCCGAUGCCUCCCAAGGCUGGGUUGCCGCAGGGGUCCCAACCUUCAGCUGUAGCUGCAGUGAGCGCCGUGGGAGGCCGGGAGCCGGAGAGCAGGAAGAGGGUAAGCGGCGUGCACGGUGAUGGGAGACUCGUCCCGUCGGCCCGGCAAGCGAGGAUCUCGAGCCUCACGCCCAUCACCAUCCGCCGCUCGCACCUGCACGAGUCCAUGUGUAAAGUGUUCAUCACCUACUCACUGGACGCCGCGCCCCACGUUCUAAACCUCGCCAAGUUCCUCUGUGCCAAUGGCUUCAACACCAUGCUGGAUGUUUUUGCCGACCAGCUGAGAGGCAUUGACGUCAUCAAGUUCAUGGACACCUUCCUCCUGGACAAGGACUACAUGAUCAUCGUGGCCGUGAGUCCCGGCUACCGGAGGGACGUGGAGGGCUCGGUGGGAAGUCUGGACACCGACGACCACAGCCUGCACACACGCUACAUCUUCAGACAGCUUCAGAACCAGUUCAUUCAGCAGGGCUGCCUCAACUUUCGAGUCAUCCCAGUGCUCAUGCCUCCAGCCUCCAAGGACGACGUGCCGUCGUGGCUGCAGAGCACGCUGUGCUUCCGCUGGCCGCGGGACUUGGAGGGCAUUCUCCUGCGUCUCAUGCGAGAGGAGAAGAUCGUGCCGCCCCCCGUGGGAGAGCUUCCCACCAUCACCAUGGUUCCCGUGUGACGCCGAGACCCGCAACAGCUAAAUAUUUAUUAUCAUCAUUAUCGCUCCAUAUAUGUAUAUCUACUGCGCCUCCCAUGCAGUACAUCUACGUAUGUAUGUUGAGCUUCUUUCGCACUGUACGUAGCCAACUGUGUUAAUCAGAGGUGUGGGGGAAGGACAAAAAACUAAACACAAAAAGCAGUUCUAAAGAAGUGAGUUUUCAAUCUAGAUUUAAAAGUGCAUAGCUCCAGUAACUUCCUAAUAUCGCAAGGAAGAGCGUUCCAGACGGCCACAGAAGCGCAUCUAAAUGCGCACAAUGCAGUGACCGUCUUUGUUCCAUGGCAUAGGCAAAAGCGGCUGCUGGGAGAAUGACCAGGGUGUGCGCGAUGGUUUAUGGUCCUUGAGCUAAGGAGAACCCCCGGCGGGAGCUGUCACUGUGCGGCGCAAGGUGAACGCAGCACCGACUUGCAGGUGGGUAAUAGUCUGUCCAGAGAGUGUGAUGUUGUGCGCUGAGAUGAUUCUCAAUUCAGCAAAUAAUUAAUUAACUCUGGAAAAUUCGGACCAUGAAGCCGGCACAUGCACCUUCGAUUAACACGGUUGGCUAUGUAUCGUGCAAAAGAAGUUCAACAUGCAUACAUAAAUGUGAACAACUCUUUUUCAAUGUGAUGGGAUCUAUAACGUCCACAGUAGUAUUUAUGGAUGAUACACCCUCAGUAUUGACCAGGGCGCCCACUGGACUCGAACCACGGACCUCUACACAAGUGGCAAAUAUGCUUCGACUGGGCCAUGUCACCAUCUCCCCAUAGGAUACAAUGACCAGCUACCUCUGGAAUAAUGUUCUCGCAAAUUUCCCCCACCUCUCCGCCUUGCUGCUUCCAUUCUCUUGUUCACGACUCCCCUCUUCCCCUGGUGUGUGAUGUCUCCAAGCCUCGAAGACAUUGUUGCAUCAAUCGAUAUCAUAAUUAUAAAUUCAUGUGUAGGUGCUAGGUGGACUGUUACAUCACAGGAUUGUGAGAGGUGGCCAGCAGUUUGGGGAGGACUUUAUCCAGCAGUGGAAUGAAAAUGGCUGGUGAUAAUCAUGUAAGCCAUUUGACAAUCCACUGCUGGAUGAUGAUGUUAACUACCUCGCCUGGUAUACAGGAGGUCGUGGGCUCGAUCCCGACCCUGACACUUGUAUAUUUGCAGUUUGCAUGCUCUUCUCGUGGUCGCGUGGAUUUUUCUCCAACCGGGCCCUCCGGGUUUUCCAUUCACAUUUAGAAACAUGCGUUUAAAUUUCCACAUGAUAAUAAGUCACUUCGUUGACCUUUUUUUUUGCCAGGUCACUUCUGAAAAAGAGCUGUAAAGCUCAGUGGGCCUUACCUGGUAAAAUAAAAAUAGAUUCAUAGAAUGCCUCCCCGGAAAUUGUUUGAAUAGCCACACAUAAAAGGCACAAGAUUCACAAAGGAUCAUGGUGUUGCAAAGCCAAGUAUAUAUGGUUUGAAUAAUAGGCCUUGGAAUAUGAAAUAGCUAUUAUUAUUUAGCACCAUUAAUACCGUUUAUCCAGCACCAUGAUUGCCAGGUCACUAAUGCAAAUCAGUCUUACCCUGGUUUCUCAUUCUCACCUGGUUAAACAAAAUAAACUCGACUAUUGUGUUUUUAUAUAUUAAUUAAACACAGCUGUUUACUGGUUUCAUCCUGGAGCAUAACAGGACUGUAAUUAGGUUCAGAAUGGCAAUAUUCUUAGUGAAAUUUGUGCCUUUUGUGUGUGGUGAGAGGGGCUUCUUUUCACGCCAACUGCCUCCAAGAAUCACACUUGUCAUUAUUAUGCAAUAUUAUAAGUUAUACUGUCAUAGCAAUGACUCACAUGUAUGUGAAGAAUCGAUGGUGCUUUCAUUUUGCCAUUUUAAAUCGCAUAAUCGAUCUAAUAUUUGCGAGAGUAAGAGUAUGGAGCCAGAUUAUUGUGGGGAAAUGUACUGCCUAAACAAUAUGCGUGCAUUGUUGUUGAAUGUGACGCGAGUGAGUUGAACGUGAAUCUGCAGCUUUGCUCUUCAUAAUGCAUUUGUGAGCCAAGUUCUGGUGCAGAUGUACAUAAGUGUCGGCUUUUUUCUGUCGACAUCAUUGUUUCUGUUGCGUCUCAUUGUAACAUGUGGUGCGUAUCUGCACUUGCUAGUAACUUAAAGCUACAACAUUUCAGGAAGUUUCAGCUGGGACACACAUUGAGGGGCUUCCUCCCUCUCUCUGAAGUUGGUGCUGCUGACUGCUCGUAGACCUAUCGACUCGUCUGCCAAUCCCACACACAAGUCGGGUAAAAGUGAUUUCCUGCGCAGAUGUUUACUGUCCAGAACCAAUGGUGGAAAUUCCACAUUACUAUGGUAGGGGUGAGCCUAUCCAUAGGAAAACCGUUAAAUUUCGAUUUAAAGCUUUCGUGACUGCAGGGAUUCAUCUUCUUGGUUCUUUCGGUAAAGUCACGUAGAAGGGAAA